GCCGCCAUGGACAGCGUGCUCAAGGCGGUGAACCGCGUGUCGCAGAUUGCUGCGCUCGCCGGCGACACGCAGGUCGGCGAUGGCGGCAGCCUGCCCAGCCUGGCGCGGCAGCUGCCCAAGAUUGUGGUGGUGGGCGGCCAGUCCAGCGGCAAGUCGAGCGUGCUCGAGGCGGUGGUGGGGCGCGACUUCCUGCCUCGCGGCACAGGCAUCGUGACGCGGCGGCCGCUGGAGCUGCAGCUGGAGACGGCGGCAGACCCGAAUGCUCGCGAGUAUGGCGAGUUUGGGCACAUGGCCGGCCAGAAGUUUUACGACUUUGAGGAGAUCCGCAAGGAGAUUGAGGCGGAGACGAUGCGGCACACGCAGAAGCGGGGCACCAUCGUGUCGCCCGUGCCCAUCACGCUGCGCAUCGUGUCGCCGCAGCUGCCCGCGCUGUCCAUGGUGGACAUGCCCGGUCUCACCAAGGUGCCCAUCGACGGCCAGCCCAAGAGCAUCGUGCAGGAGCUGGAGAACAUGGCGCGGGACUACGUGAAGCACGAGAACGUCAUCAUCCUGGCCGUCACCCCCGCCAACGCGGACCUGGCCACCUCGGACGCGCUGCGCCUGGCGCGGGAGGUGGACCCCACCGGCGAGCGCACGAUAGGCGUGCUGACCAAGAUUGACAUCAUGGACCCCGGCACCAACUGCCGCGACGUGCUGGAGGGCCACUCCUACGGCCUGCGCAACGGCUGGAUCGGCGUGGUCAACCGCGGCCAGGCAGACAUCAACUCGCGGAUGUCGAUGCGGGAUGCGCGCGCCAAGGAGCUGGAGUACUUCCAGAAGAAGAGCGACUACCAGGGGCUGAGGAAUGUGGGCACGGGCCACCUGUCCACCGAGCUCAGCGAGAAGCUCAUCUCCUCCGUGCGCCGCCAGCUGCCCAACAUCUCGGGCUUUGUGAACAAGAGCAUCAUGGACCUGCAGAAGGAGCUGGAGGCGAUGGGGGGCCCCGCCGCCAACUCGCGAGGCGAGAUGAUCCACCUGGUGCUCACCCUGUGCCGCAAGUUUGAGACCACCUUUGGCAAGCUCAUAGACGGCGGCAAGGGAGGCGGCGAGCUGAUCCUGACUGUGUUUGAGAAGCGGCUGCCUGAGUCGAUAGAGAAGCAGCCGUUCAAGAAGAUCCUGGAUGUGGGGUAUGUGAAGCGGGUGAUUGAGGAGGCGGACGGCAUCCAGCCACACUUGGUGGCGCCCGAGGCGGGGUACCGGCGGCUGCUGGAGGAGGCGCUGGGGUACCUCAAGGACCCCACAGAAAAGUCGGUGGAGGAGGUGUUUGUGCUGCUGCGCCGCAUGGUGGACAAUGUGGCCAACAGCGACGAGGUGCGCGCGCUGCGGCGCUACCCCACUCUGCGCCGCGAGAUUGUGACCGCCGCCUACCGCGCGCUGGAGAAGUUCAAGGAGGACACACGCAAGAUGGUGAGCAUCAUGGUUGAGAUGGAGCGCAACUACAUCACAGCAGAGUACUUCCGCACCAUACAGAUGCCCGACGGCAAGGUGAUGUACACGCUGGAUGGGCGUCCGGUGACCGAGGAGCCCGAGGGCAGCCCUGAGGAGAAGCACUACAAGCGCAUCAUCAACCAGGUGUCUGGCUACGUGCGCGAGGUGUGCGCGCAGCUGACGCAGACGGUGCCCAAGGCCAUCGUUCACUGCAUGGUGCUGCAGUCCAAGGACAAGCUGCUGGAGGAGAUGUCGGCCAGUGUGGCGGGGGACCAGGAGGCAGCCCUCAAGCGGCUGCUGGGCGAGGACGAGGCGGUGAUGAAGCGGCGCGAGGCGCUCACCCACAAGCUGGACAUGCUGCGCAGGGCUCAGAGCGAGCUGACCAGCGUGGACGUGUGA